AUGAAGGAUAUCCGAAGCUGCAGUAAUGUAUCAUUAAGAGGAAAACGAAAAUAUAUCGAGGGCGAAUCUAAAAAUCCCUCGAAUUUAAUAAAUAGACAUAAUAAUGAUAGUAAUGAAAGUAUUGUUAGUAAGCCUAAGAGGAGAUCAAUAAGUUUGUCAAACACUUAUUUUAGUGUAAAAUCUUUCUCUAUUUACGACGCAUUAAAUUUAAUGAAUAAUAAUGGAACUAAGGGAUUGGAAAAUGGAAAAAUAGAAAAGAAGGGAAAAAUCGACGAUAACGAUGAGCUGAGACAACAUAAAAAUAAUGAUAUGCAAAAUAACAGUAACACGGCAAGUAGAAUAAAUAAAAAGGAUCUAAAAAAUUCGACAAAAUACUUAGAGGGAAUAAAAAUAAAUAAAUUAUUAUUUAAAAAAAUUGUAUUCAAGAAAGCAUUUUUUUAUAAAAUGAGAUGUCUUAAUCAUAAUUCGGCAUGGUUAUUGGAGCUAUCGAAAGGUAAAAAGGGAAUCCAAGGAAUAUGUGAGAAAAAAAGAGGAAAAAAUAAAAUGAAAUGUUAUAGUAAGUACAAUCAAAAUGAUGUGGGAAUGAAAUACAUUAAGAAAAAAAUAAAAAGUGAGCCAUUUAUUAAUGAUGCCAUACUAAUGAAGCCAUUUCCAUUUUAUCGAAAAUUCAUUACCUUGUUUUAUCAAAAAAAAUAUAAAGAAGCAUAUCUUAUGUUGACAAAAAUAAGUUCAUAUUGUGUUUUUUUUUCAUUGAAAGAAAGAGAUAUUUUAAAUGAAAACUACUUUAAAAAUAAUUAUUAUAAUUUAUAUUAUUUAGUGAAUUUGACAAAUGAAUUCCAAAAUUUAAAAAUGUGUGGUAAAGCUAGUGUAGAAUCAAAGGAAAACUGUUCUACACCCAGAAAAAAUAUAAAGUAUGGUUCUUAUUCUUAUCUUUUCGAUAAAAGCAAAAAUAAAACUGAUCAAACGACAUUAGUUUUUCACGUCUUACCAAAGAAAAAAAAUAGUAAUAGAAGAGGGAAUUUCAUUAAUAGGGAUACAAUAGGAGCUUAUAAUUUUAAUAUAAAAGUAGAAGAAGAAAAAUACAAUUUUUUUGUAAAUUACAAAUUUUAUAGAUAUGAAAAUGGUGUCAAUGAUUUGGCAAAGGCUAUUCUCAGACGAGAUUCAUUUUUGUCACAUAAAGUAAGGAAAAUAAUAAAAAUGGAUAAAAUGGAUAACAGAAAUAAUAAAAUUUCUUAUGAGGAUACCAAAAAUGAUAGAGGUAUGGGAAAUAUGAUAAACAGAGAAAAUGAAAUAAUUGAUAUGAAAUAUAAUUUAGAUAAAGAUCCAAGUAAAGUUUUGAUAAAAAAUAAUAUAAAUUAUGAUAAUGAAACAGAUAAAUUAAUGAAUGAAAGUAAAGAAAAAUCAACUUCCUUUUUUAAAGAAAAUAAUUAUUACUGCAAUAAAUUUAAAACAAGAAUGAGAGUCGAUGUUCGAUUGAUAUUAUUUCUUAAAAUGUUAUGUUUGUAUAUGUAUGGCAAUUCAUUUGGAACAACUCGUAAAUCAAAUGAAAUAAAUAAUUACUAUGAUAGAGAAGUUUUAAAGAAAAUGGAAAGACAAGACACUGAAUCAGCAAGUAACAACAUGGUGUGUGACUAUUAUAGUAGUAACUGCUCAAAUAAUAAAAGGAGUAUAAAAGAAGCAGCAAGAACAGAGGUUUUGAAAUACAUAAUAAUAUAUUUAAAAAAGGUAAAAAAGGAAAUAAAGUUCGACACAUAUUUAUAUUUAUUACUAAGUGUUAUAUAUCGUGAUUUAAGAAUGUAUAAAAAAUGCGUAUUUUAUGCCAGAAAGAGUAUUGAGAAAGAUUAUUUCAAUUUUGUGAGCUGGACAUAUUUUAAUAAUAUAGUUUCUAUAGAAAUAAUUAUCCAAGAAAAUAUGGAAAAGGAAAGAGAAAUUAAAUUAGGAAACAAAAAAAAUAUAGCGAAAAAGAGAAAAGCAAAAAAAGCUGAUAAUAAAAAUUUUAAUAUUAAGAGGAAAAAGAAAAAUAAAACAACCAUAAAAAAUGCAGAUAUUUUAAAAGGGAAGAAGAGAUUAAUAAAAAAAAAUAUAAAUUUUUUAGAAAACUCUAACAAAAUAAAAAGAAUGUGUGAUUACUUAUUUGAAAAUGAAUUUUUUUCUUUAUAUGAAAAACCAAACAUGGAAACUAUCAUGGCAAAUUAUAACGACUACAUUUAUAUUAACCCUUUUAUAAAUAUUAAUAAGUCUUUUUUUUUUAAUAAUAAUUAUUUUGUAAGCCAAAUAUUUACCGAUUUGGAAGAUAAAGAGGGAAGCUUCAAAGGGAGGAAAAAUAUAGACAAGAACCAAUGUAAUCCAGAAAAAAAAAUAGACAAUAAAAUCGAUAUAAAUGAGCAUUAUUUAAGGAGAAAUAAAAUGGAGAAACUAUCAAAUGUUUAUUUUCUACAAAAAUAUGAGAUGUACAAAAAAAGAUAUAAUUUCAAAAAUAAUAUAAUGACACUAUUUGGUUUUGCGCAUUUUUGUUCGCUUAAUAGUACAUUACAUAAAUAUUCUAUAUAUUCCUAUGAGUAUUUGCGAAAACGACUUGGAAAUAAUUUAUACGUAUUGAGUGAACUAGGGAAAUUGUAUUAUUACAGUGGGAAGAUAAAUAAAAGCAUGAAAUGCUUUAGAAGAAUGCAAAAAGUAUGUAAUGAAAAUAAAAAAUUAAAAACCAAAUUCACUGAAAAAUGUUUUGUUCUAUAUUUAGAAGAAAACCGCAGAAAACAGAAACCUCUUUCAAGGAGUGAAUACAAUGAAAUAGGUCAAGGGGACAAUUUGGAAAACGAAAUAGAUUACAAAGAGGAAGAUUUUAAUGGAGAUUAUGACAGUGAUUCUAAUUGUUACAUUAGGAAACGAAACACCAUCGAAGUAAUUACCCCUGAAAUAUAUAAAAUUAUUAAAAAAAUGUGGAUUCCUAACUAUUUUACAAACAUGUUUAUUUAUAUGGAAUUGGUGGUAAAUAUAUAUUAUCUUAAAAAAGACAUAUCAAAACUUUUUCUUACUUUAAAUAAAUAUGAAAAUAGUAAAAAAAUGGAUAAAUGCUCAUAUAUUUCUCGAAAAAAAAAUGAAAACAUAAUAAAAAAUAAAAUAUGGGAUGAUAAAUUUUAUUACAGUCUUGGUAAAUAUUAUUCAUUGAUAAAAAAUUGUCAAAUGGCUAUUUAUUAUUUCAAAAAGUCAAUAAAAAAAAACAAUUUUCACUUAUAUUCUUACUUAAGUUUAGCAAAAGAAUAUUUUUCAUGUGGAAACCUAAACAGUUCCAUUUUUAUAUUGAUAAAGCUAAUUAGUUUAUAUAUGAAUAAUUCAAAUGCAUGGUUUUGUCUAGGUAAAUGCCUAGAGUGUAAGAACAAUUAUGAUUUGUCUAUUUUGUGUUAUAAAAAUGCUAUUUAUUUUAGAAAGAAUAAUGUUUAUUAUUAUUUUUUGGUUAAUAUUUAUUUUAAAACAGGGCAAAUAAAUGAUUGCAUAGGGGCAUUAAAAUCUGCAUGGAGACAUAAUAAAAACCUUUUGUUUUCAUCUAUGGUGUUUGAUAUAUAUUUAAAAAUAAAAAAAAGGGAUUUUUUUUUUCAAAACGAGGAUAGAAAUUUAGAAGAAUAUUGGAAAAUAUCUGAUAAAUGCCAUGUAUGGUGUGUCAGAUUUUUAAAAGAUUAUUUUAAAAAAUUAAGAAACGAAUGUUGUGUGGUUCAACCUUUUUGUGAGAACAAGCGUGAGCAAUACAACUUUUAUGAAACAUUAUUAUCACUUUUUAAUUUGAAUAAGCCUUCAAUAAAGCAUUUACAAUCAGUUAAUUUUUUGAGUUAUUUUAAUAAAUAUUAUGAAAAAAAUUCAAGCUAUUUUUAUUUAAUACGUACUUUGAAGCAUUCGUCUUUAAUUUUAUACGACGGAAUAUAUUAUUUAGCUAAUUAUUUUCUUUUUAAUAAACAAAUAAAAAAUGCUUUAAUAUUAUUUAAAAUUUUAUGGGAUGUAGAAGGACCAUAUUCGAAGGAAUCCUUUCAUUCAUUUAAAUAUGCGUAUUGUUUAUUGCAGAGGGAUGUAUGA